AUGGCGCUUCUUCAGACCUCGUUGAUCUGGAUCGUGUAUGCCGCCGUGAUAGCGAUCCUGCUCGCGGUAGCGUCGGUCUUCAUCUACGUCUACCAGACUCCGCGCGAUCGGUCUCCCUCGGUAACUCUAACAUGCAUCAUUGCAAUCACCAGUCUUCUGGCAACGGUGCUCCUGCUUCCUGUGGAUGUUGCUUUAGUGUCAUCGACUUCCUCAUCGAAGCUAGGUCGCCGAAAAGACUGGGCUACCCAGGAUGCCGUCGACAAAAUCACUUAUUCUUUGACUAUUGUCUACUAUCUUUUGUAUUCACUGGAUGCACUACUUUGCCUUUUGGUUCUUCCUUUUACUUACUUCUGGUACGAGGAAUACGAUGAAGUCGCCGCUGAAGCGGGAGAGCAGACGCUGGGCCAGCGGUUCUGGGGUGCUUUCAAGUACACUCUAUCGUUCAUCGCGAUUGUAGUGAUCCUGUUCCUUGUUGGUUUCUUUGCUCCUGUAUCCAAAGAUAAGGGCAACUUGGACCUGGACUAUUUCAAACGGUUGCUGACGGAGAACCGUAAGUUUGAACAAAUUUCCCACUGGCCACCUUCUAUAGCCGAAAUUGACCAGCUUGCAGAUGGAGAACGUGCGUUGACAUUCGCGCUUGGGCUACUCAUCACACUUGGAAUCUUCCUAUAUGUCUUGUACACAUCGGCGGGCCUUGCUUUGUUCCCAAUCAGCCUCAUCAAGACCGCACCCUCAAUCUCCAGUCCUAUGUUGCGAGCAACUACUGCGCAACAGUUGGAAGCAAAUCGAGAGCGGCAGCGACAGCUUGAGGGUCGCUGUGGGGGCAAUCCUGAACUGCUCUCAUCCAAGGAUCGCAGAGAGCUGGACACCCUCAGCCGAGAGGAAAGGACUCUGAUUCGGCGGCAACGUCUGGUUGACGAAGCACAGGGUGAAGGCCAUGGCUGGUUGAUGCGAGCAUGGUACAAGAUUGGGGCCAUUUUCCGUCCGUUCAAGCUCCUCGGUGGUAUCUUGCUGCUUUUGAUUGCCUUUGUGACGUGGGUGUCGAUGCUUUUGACUUCUAUCGACAAAGCGAAGAACUCGAUUUGCAAGCACCGCUGUGGAUACAUUCUCGGUCACAUCAAUGUUUUCAAUCCGGUCAACUGGGUUCUGGUUCAAUCUGCUAAGGUAUUCCCGGUUGACUACGCCAUUUUCACGGCUCUUGUCCUACUUCUGUUCUGCAGCUCUGUGGUCGGUAUUGCGGUGGUUGGAAUCCGCUUCCUCUGGAUCAGGAUUUUCCAGAUCCGCAAGGGCCACACUUCACCCCAGGCUCUCCUCCUGGCAACUGCCAUGUUGAUGCUUAUUAUACUGGCAUUGAACUAUUCCGUGUCCAUGGUAGUCGCUCCACAAUACGCUACCUUUGGACCGCAGACAUUCUGCGACCGCACUCCGAACUCGCCUCUCGAACAGCCUGAUUGCACUAACAGUAAAGAUCUCAUCAAACCAUGCUCGGAGUUAGCAGAGAAUCCCGCAGCACGCCAAGUGUGCACUCCCAGCGUUGUCAGCACCUUCUUGAACCGCGUGACUCUCAACUUCCCCUUCUUUGGUGUUGUCUUCUUCUGGGCACAGUUUGUCUUCCUUGGUAAGGAAUCCAAUUCCAAAAUUUGCUUUUGA